UCCAAGUCGUAAUGUAAUGAAACCCCACGGAACCGCUUAUGGAUGGGAAACAGAGCGGAGGAAGAAGGAGUGAGAAAGCGAGCGUGUUUGGGAUUUUUUUUUUUUGACCUGAAGCGUGUUUGGGAGUUGGGAGUCGCAACAAUAACGCGGUUAAGCAACCAACCUGGAACAGUUCAUAAAACGUCGAGCUUAAAACUUUGAUUCAACAAGUAAAGCGUUUCCCACCUACUCUGCAAGAUCCUAAUGAAGGCCGACCAGUCACCUCCUCAAUAUCCCUCACCCUCAACCUCUGCCCCUACCCACCAUGGAGGAGCAUCUGCAUCUUCUUCCUCUCCAUCGGCUCCCUACUACCACCAUCCUUACGUCCAGCACUCUCCGGCUGAGAAGCCUCCCGCUAGUCCCAUGGAAUCCAUCCUCAACACCCUCGAUUCAUGGGGCAAAAAGGCUGAAGUAACCGCCAACAACGUCUGGCACAAUCUUAGAACAAGUCCGUCGGUGUCUUCGACGGCCUGGGGGAAGAUGAAUCUGACCGCGAAAGCCAUCAGUGGAGGCGGAUUUGAGGCUCUUUACAAACAAAACUUCGCAACUUUUCCCAACGAGAAGCUCAAGAAGACCUUCGCUUGUCACAUCUCCACAUCGGCAGGUCCAGUUUCAGGAACCCUCUACCUCUCUAAUCUUCACAUCGCAUUUUGCAGCGAUAGCCCCGUAUCUUACAGCGCACCCUCUGGGCAACAGGCUUGGAGCCACUACAAGCUAAUGGUGCCUUUGGGUAAGAUCGGGUCGGUGAACCCAGUGAUCAUGAAGGAGAGCUCGGCGGAAAAGUAUAUUCAGAUUGUGACGGUCGACGGAUAUGAUUUUUGGUUCAUGGGUUUUGUGAAUUUUGAUAAAGCAGUGAAGCACCUCUCGGAAAGCAUAUCAAAUUUUGUAGUGCCAGGAAUCGCAGUACCAUCAUCGGCCGCCUCUUGAGCCCGGGACUUCUUUCGGUCCACUGUUACAAUUUUUGCUUGGGAAGAAAUGACGAGGGAAGGGGCCGGGCUUUUGGAUUUUUGCUGUUGUAUUUAAUUUUUUUAUUGAUACUAUCGUAUUUAAUUUAAUUUUUUAAUGAUAAUUUCCUGUUUGUUUAAUAUUCAUGAGAAUUGAAGAAAAAUCUCCCUUGA